AUGAAUGACGAAAGCCAUUCUGUCGCCGUGGAGUCAUACGACGAAGAUGACGGUGUGCCUCAAGAGAAGGCCACGCUUCCCGACCGCCCGGUCACGCCGCUGCCCGAGGACCACGCCAUCAACCACUUCCUGGAGCCCCUCGCUGUGAACGAUGCGAAGCUGUACCAGCUCGCGUGCUGCUUUGCAAAGGUCUAUGCAGAGCUUGCCAUGACUUCAGACCAGCAGUUCCUGCCCACCCCUGUAACACGGCUACCGACAGGCCAAGAGACCGGCCGCUAUCUGGCCAUUGACGUAGGCGGAAGCAACCUGAGGGUUGCGUUCAUCGACCUGCUGGGAGAGGCUGGCGACUCGCCCGAGUCCGGCUCCGACGAAGAGCGGUCGCGGGAGACCAUACGCAAGGCGCAGCGUCACCGGGUUCGACGCACGCUCGAGAAAGCCUGGCCCAUUGGCGAGCACCUGAAAAAGGACAAGGCCGAAGAUCUCUUCUUGUGGAUUGGCGACUGCAUGGCAGAGGUGGUCGCCGAUAGCCUAAUGGCCGAUUUCACAAGCGGCGUCAAAAUCCCUGACGAGUUGGAGAUGGGGAUCACCUUCAGUUUUCCAAUGAUGCAGGACUCCCUAUCAGAAGCAACGUUGAUGCCCAUGGGGAAAGGGUUCAAGUGGGUAAAUUCAACAGACCUCAAUCUUGGAAAGAUCCUUUUAGCUGGAUACGAUAGGCACACGAGACGGCCGUACGGUUCAGAUGAGCCGUCGGCCAAACGAAGAAAGCUAUUUGCUCUGCCUAAGCUAAAAAUAGCUGCCAUCACUAAUGACACUGUCGCGACGAUCGCAUCCCUGGCGUACUCCGUCAAAUCUCUUCCUAAUAGUCGCGUUGCCAUGGGCAUUAUCGUCGGCACGGGCUGCAACGCAACCAUUCCCAUGAAGCUGUCGGACCUACACGAGUCCAAGGCGAAACAUGUGUCGUCGCGACACCCUCACGCGACGGAAACUAUCGUCAAUACCGAAUGGACCAUUAACGGUGCUGCUCCACCCUUAAAAGAACUGAAUAUUACCACCACUUGGGAUUCGCUGCUAGAUAGCCAAUGCGCUCGCCCAGGCUUCCAGCCCUUUGAGUAUAUGACUGGUGGUCGCUACAUCGGCGAGCUGGUCAGGCUAAUUUUCUACGAUUAUUUAACCUCGGUGGUAGGAUUAUCAUCGAAGGCCCUUCCUGCAAACCUAGUUCAGGGGUACGCGCUGAGCACAACGUUUCUGUCGUCGAUCGUUGCACAGACACCGUCUGAUCCCGUCUUAGUAGCGAAAUUAAAAGCUACAUUGCCUCCCCCAGAAUCUAGUAGCUGGAACUGGGACUCAGGUGCUGCGCGAGCCUUCAGAAAGACUGCUCGAGUCGUACAAACCAGGUCCGCGGGACUGAUCGCCGCUGCUGUUGUCGGGCUCCUGGCCUGCACAGAGGAAAUCCAGCUCCGCCGCGAUGGAGCGACCAACCCCAGGAGACCUUCGAACAUUAUAGUCCCAGAAUUUAACACUUCUGCCGGUGCAUUUGCCGAGAUAUACCGCAAUAAUAAACAAUCGACCUUGGCGAAUGAUGCAAAUGCCAAGAAUACUACUGCUCCUGAGCCUGAAGGGUGGCGCUCUGGUCCCGAAGAGUUGGUAGUGGCGUACACUGGUGGGAUUAUCCAGCAUUACCCUCAUUUCAAGGAAACGUGCCAGAGCUUUAUCGAUCGUUUGGUGAUUUGGGAUGGACCGCAGGAGAAUGGCAAGUCUGUAUUCUUGAGGGAAGCGUCUGACGGCGGGAUAAUCGGCGCAGGAGUUUUGGCAGGGAUGGUUUCGAGCGCUUGA